AUGUCAGAUAUAGGCUCUACAGCAGGCCCAUGGACUACACCCGAUGUGCAACCAAGACCUGGAAUGUAUGUUACCGCUCGUAACUUGACAUCUACAGUCGGUUCCGAGAAGAAGAAGAACCAAAAGAAUAUCCUACAAGACCUUAACUUCUUCCUAAAGCCUGGCUCAAUGGUAUUGAUGCUUGGAUCACCAGGAUGUGGAAAGACUUCAGUGUUUAAGGCACUCGCUGAUCAGACACACGGCGAGAAGUUGAGUGGACAGUUGCUCUUUAAUGGCCAGCUGCCACACACAGACACUCACCAUCAUGAUGUGUCAUAUGUCGUGCAGGAGGACCAGCAUAUGGCUCCAUUCACAGUGCGCGAGACAUUCAAGUUCAGUGCCGACAUGCAGAUGCGCCCCGGCACCACCGAGGACCAGAAGAACGAGCGCGUCGACCAGAUCCUCGCCACACUGGGCCUCAAGUCGCAGGCCGACACCGUCGUCGGUAACGAAUUCCUGCGCGGUAUCUCUGGUGGCCAGAAGAAGCGUGUGACCAUCGGUGUUGAGAUGGUCAAGGACUCCAAGCUGUACCUCAUGGACGAGCCCACGACCGGUCUCGACUCGUCUACCUCGCUCGAGCUGAUGCAGUACCUCAAGAAGAAGAUUCAGGACGACAACAUCUCGUGUUUGAUCGCCCUGCUGCAGCCUGGCGUGGAGAUCACCAAGUUAUUCGACUUCCUCAUGAUCAUGUCUGGUGGCCAGAUGGUCUACUUUGGUCCAAUGUCCUCGGCCAUCGGCUACUUUGAGGGUCUGGGCUUCAAGCUGCCCUCGCAUCACAACCCCGCCGAGUUCUUCCAAGAGAUCGUCGAGGAGCCCGAGCUCUACUUUGAGGGCGAGGGUGAGGUGCCCCUGCGUGGCACCGACGCCUUUGUCGAGGCCUACAAGAACUCAGAGAUCUACCGCCAGGUGAUCAACGACCUGGACAACAACGCCGUCGACCCGGUCUUUUACAAGGACAGCGCCGAGCUGCCCCGCUACCCCACCUCGCUGUGGUACCAGAUCAACCUGACCUCGCUACGUGCCUUCAAGAUGCUGCUGAGCAACCCCGUCGCCGUGCGCGUCCGUAUCAUCAAGUCAAUCGUCAUGGGCCUGAUCCUGGGCUCGCUCUACUACCAGCUCGGCUCGUCAAUGACCGACGGCAACAACCGCUCUGGUCUCAUCUUCUUUGCCCUCCUCUUUGUCAUCUUUGGUGGCUUUGGUGCCAUCACCGUGUUGUUUGAGCAGCGUGACGUAUUCUACAUACAGAAGGACGGCAAGUACUACCGUACGUUCGCCUUCUUCCUGUCGCUGAUCUUCUCCGAGCUGCCCAUCUCGUCGCUCGAGACCAUCCUGUUCUCCACGCUCAUCUACUGGAUGUGUGGCCUGCAGCGCAGCGCGGAGAAGUUUAUCUACUUCAUCCUGAUGGUGCUGGCGUCCGACCUGUCGUCGCAGUCCUACUUCAAGAUGGUGUCUGCUUUCUCGCCCAACGCCACCAUGGCCGCCGUUAUCGCCCCAGCCAUCCUCGCGCCACUCAUCCUGUUCGCCGGCUUCAUGAUCCCCCACCCAUCGAUCCCCAACUGGUGGGUGUGGAUGUACUGGAUCUCACCAAUUCACUACUCGUUCGAGGGUCUGAUGAGCAACGAGCAUCAUGGACGCGACUACCACUGCAGUGAGAACGAGCUGGUGCCACCCAAGUUCAUCUCAGACCUCUACUACAACGGCACCCAGGUGUGCCCAGUCAACAAAGGUGACGACUUCCUCCACACUCUCGGCUUUGCCCAGGACAACUGGUUCAAGUGGGUCGACCUCGCAAUCGUCAUGGCCUACUCGAUCCUCUUCAGUGCCAUGAUGUACUUCUUCCUCAAGAACAUCCACUACGACUCGCGCGCCGACAAUGCCGCCGCCGACAAGAAGAACGCCAAGCGCGCACUCAAGGCUGCCGCCGCCAAGGAGACCAAAAUCAAGGUGAAGGAGGUCAAGGAGGCCAAGAUCCGCAAGGAGAUCCCUAUUGGAUGCUACAUGCAAUGGAAGGAUCUGGUGUAUGAGGUCGACGUCAAGAAGGACGGCAAGCGUCAGCGUCUGAGAUUGCUCAACGAGAUCAACGGUUACGUCAAGCCUGGUAUGCUCCUCGCACUCAUGGGCCCAUCCGGCGCCGGCAAGUCGACCCUGCUCGACGUGUUGGCCAACCGCAAGACUGGCGGCCACACCAAGGGCGAGAUCCUGAUCAAUGGCGCACCAAGGACCAAGUACUUCACCCGUACCUCGGCGUACGUCGAGCAGCUCGAUGUGCUGCCACCAACACAGACCGUGCGCGAGGCCAUCCUCUUCUCGGCCAAGACUCGUCUGCCAAGCUCAAUGUCACUGGUCGACAAGGAGGCCUUUGUUGAGAACAUCCUCGACACACUCAGCUUGCUCAAGAUUGGCAACAAGAUGAUUGGACAUGGUGAUCAGGGCCUGUCGCUCUCGCAGCGCAAGCGUGUCAACAUUGGAAUCGAGCUUGCCUCCGACCCACAGCUGCUCUUCCUCGACGAGCCCACCUCUGGUCUCGACUCAUCAGCCGCACUCAAGGUGAUGAACCUCAUCAAGAAGAUCGCCAUGAGCGGUCGCUCAAUCAUUUGCACAAUCCAUCAGCCAUCGACAUCAAUCUUCAAGCAGUUCGACCAUCUGCUCCUUCUCAAGAAGGGCGGUGAGACCGUGUUCUUUGGACCAACUGGCGAGCGCAGCAGCGUCGUCCUCGACUACUUUGGCAGCCACGGCCUGAUCUGUGACCCAAUGAAGAACCCAGCCGACUUCAUCCUCGACGUCACUGAGGAGGAGAUCCCAGUCGAGAUCAACGGCGAGUCGCGCGUCUUCAAGCCCGUCGACUCGUUCAAGGAGUCGACUCUCAACGCCAACCUGCUCGAGGCCAUCAACGCUGGUGUGAUGCCCGCUGGCACACCCGUCGCUGAGUUCCACGGCAAGUACUCCAGCACCAUCGGCACCCAGUUCCACGUCCUCUUCCGUCGCGCAUGGCUCGCCCAAGUGCGUCGUGUGGACAACAUCCGCACACGUCUCAGUCGCUCGGUCAUCCUGGGUCUGAUCUUUGGCACACUCUUCCUCCAGAUGGAGCUGAACCAAGCUGGCAUCUACAACCGUGUAUCACUCCUCUUCUUCUCGCUGGUGUUCGCCGGUAUGUCUGGAAUGAGCUCGAUCCCCAUCGUCAACCAGGAACGUGGUGUCUUCUACCGCGAGCAGUCGGCUGGCAUGUACCGCAUCUGGAUUUGGCUGCUGACAUUCAUCAUCACCGAUCUGCCCUGGAUCUUCUUGUCGUCCAUUCUCUACACAAUCCCCGUCUACUUCAUCUCGGGCCUGUACUACGGCGCCGACACCUUCUUCUACCACGCCUUCAUCUCGUGCACCACCUACCUCAACUUUGCCCUGGUGGCCAUGCUGUUUGCCAUGAUCCUGCCAACAGACGAGAUUGCCCACGCCAUGGGUGGUGUGCUGCUGUCGAUCACCGCCCUCUUUGCCGGAUUCAUGAUCCCACCAGUGUCGAUCCCCAACGGCUGGAAGUGGAUGUACCAUCUGGACUUUGUCAAGUAUCCACUGGAGAUCGUGUUGCUCAAUGAGUUCAAGCACGACACAUUCAACUGUGGCCCAGACAACAUUGAUGGCGUGCCACUCCCACUGCCAAACGGCACCGUCGUCCACUUCUGCCCAGUCGGUGAUGGACUCCAGACCCUGAUGCCAUACGAUCUCAAGGAGGACAACCUCUACAAGAACCUCGCUGUCAUCUUUGGUUUCACUGUUUUCUUCGUCCUUUGCUGCUAUGCAGCACUCCGCGUCAUUAGACAUCAAGUUAAAUAA